AUAUAUUUGAGUUAGCUUAGCAGAUAAAGAACAGCAACUUGGUUUUUCGACAAUGGCUUCUUCUACUUUGUGUCUUGCACCCUUCUUCAUUCCUUUAUUUUCUUCUUCUUCUUCAAUUCCUUCGCUAUGCUUCUCCCAAACCACUACCAAAUGCAAUCAACGUUUCUCAUUUCCUUCUGUAAAUAGAAAGGUUGCAACUUUACCCUUUUCAUCCACAAAACAUCACGCUACCAAAGCCACUGAGUACAAAUUCCCUGACCCAAUUCCUGAAUUUGCAGUUUCCGAGACGGAAAAAUUCCAAAACCACCUUCUCAAUAAGCUUUCAAAGAAAGAAGAUAUCUAUGAAGACUCAGUUGAAGAAAUUGUUAGAGUUUGCACAGAGAUUUUCAGCACGUUCUUACAUUCUGAGUAUGGAGGUCCUGGUACACUCUUAGUUGAUCCUUUCGCCGACAUGGCUGAUAUUAUAAACGAACGGGACUUGCCUGGUGGACCACAAGCUGCGCGUACUGCUCUCAAGUGGGCCCAUGCUAAUGUUGAUAACGACUGGAAUGAAUGGAUACGUGGGAAUAGAAACAAAUGAAGUAUGUUAAGCACUUAGUUCUGUAGCAACUGUGGUGCACUGGUGCUUAUGUUGUCUGAGCUAAAUGAGAAGUUUUGAUAUUUUUGAUUUUAUGCCUAAGUUUAGAAUGAUUGUAGGAAAAAAGUACUUAUAGAAGAGUUAAUUAUUUUCUUAUUUUGAGAACAGAACUAGUGUGAAGAAUUUGCAUAUUUUUAACUGUGUUUUACAUUCAAACUC